CACAAAUUAAGUUUCUAAUUGAUCGAAUUGGACAGCGCGAGGCGCACUACCCGUCCCGAAUAUCAAUCAGAAGAAAAUUCCCUCGCGCGUGCCUCGUCCGUUCUUGCGCGAACAGGAUGUAAGUCAUCCAACGAUGGCGAGGACAGCAAGGUAGACGACAAAAUCCAUCGGCGAUACCUGUCGCAGAAAAGUUUUUCCUUGACAUCCGACUCGAAGUAAACACACACGCAGAUAUCUCGUUGCGGCAACUCGAACAGCGCAGAAUGUCGCAAAGAGGAUGUCUUUUGCUGCUGCUGCUCGGUCUGGCCGUGCUGAGAGAGUCGUCAUUUACAUUUAGCGAUACCGUUCACGAGGGUGAAUCUUCUCACCAGACACCGCAUCACAGGCAGAAGAGGGUCUUGUGGUUCACGAACGAUGGACGGAUUGCGUUGCCACCCGGCACUGUCAUGACGAUCACGCCGACGUUGGCGUUGCCCUUCGUCCGGCAUCCUCCUUACGGUUUUCUCAGCAACAUGACCAUCAGCCUACCGUUCACGAUUGACUUUGACAAGCUGGGCCUGACGGAUAACGAAAAUCCAUACGGCGCUCUGCCGCCAAGUUUCGACAGGAAGCUGAGGAGUCGGCAGGCCGGCAUGAUGAUGGCUGACUUCAUCGCGGCGUUUAUCAAGCGUAGAUUACACAAGCGAGACAUAACAGAGGUGCCAAAAAACGCGUUCCAUGGCGGCGAGCGAGCCCUCCUUUAUGGCACUGCCGAGGAUAUGCUGUCCACGCUGGGAAUGAAUGGGAAGGCGUGCCUAUUGAGGGCAAUCUGCGAGGUCCAAGGACAUCAUCUGAAUAACUUUGGUCUUAUCGGCGAGAUGCUGAAGCUAUUCUUCACCGCCAGCCGAUCGCCGUUUGCAAAUCUCCUCAAAGAAUACGUCGAAGCGGAAAACCGUGGGAAGUCUCACGGCGAGUGCUGGCCUUACUUCAAGGACUGUCCAAAAUCUUUAUUCCUGCCAUCCGAUAACAAGUAUCAAAAAGAUUCGUUACACGACGAGGAGAAUGAGGAAGACGAACAUUGGAAUCAAAUCUCCACCGAUCUCGACGAAGAGCCCCUCACGAGGAUAUCAGGGCAGAACACAAAGGACGCCGUACAUCCCAUGUAGUUUUAUAAUUACUGUAUGUAGUUGUACAAUUAUAAUUGUUCUCGGUGGUCCGCGCGCGACCCUUUUUCCCCCCCGAGCACAGAUUCUUUAACGAAUUCAGUUGAAGUAAAGUUAGAACUCUGUCUUAAAGAACGAAGGGGAGUCGACUUGUUCUCGUUAUCGAAGUUAAUUGCAUCUUUAUUCAGCCCGUAGUUGUCAAAUUUGCAUAAGAAAAAAUACCGUUUAAUUAAAAUAUAAAUCAGAAAUUAUAAUUAUCGCUAAUUAACGCGCUGUAAAUAUAUUCCGAGACGUAGAAAAAAAUUCGUAGAUUUUUGUAAAGGAAGCCUGCUAAUAAACAGAUAACAGAGCGGCUGCGUGACAAAGAGAUUAUCAUUAUCGUGAUCAUAACGAUGAUAAAUUGAAUUCUC